AACUGGGAACCACAAAUUUGAAUUUAAAAAAUACCUUGUAUUUGGAGGUGUUUAGGGCUUUUUCCGAAACUAUUUUUUUUCUAUAUAAACAUAGUAUAGACAUUUUAUUUUAAAUAAAAUAUAGUAGGUUGUAAAUUAUUAUACCUAAUAAAAGCUUGACAACUCUUAAAUAACGGAAACUAUGUCUAAUCCGCGUAUUUAAUCCUACUCGAGCUCGAACUCUUUGUUUUAUGUUUGUGAUUUUUGAUUCGUGCUUGUAAGCUUUUCCUUGAUUAUGUUUCCAAAAAGUGGAAGAGAUGAUAUAGACUUCGACCUGGAAAGGGGAGUCAGCAUAAUGCUUGGAGAAAAGCAACGGGAGCAACGGGACCACCAUACAUCGGAUGAUGCCUCCACCGCAUGCGAGGGACUCCUAACCACAUAUCAUGAGUAUUGCGCCCACACCUCCAUCCACGGAGUGCAGUACCUAGGGGAACGAGAACGCCCGCUACGGGAACGCAUCUUUUGGCUGUGUACCUUUGUCAUCUCCAUCUAUGCCUGCGCCACGCUGAUCUCCAGUGCCUACACCAAAUGGACGGAAACGCCUGUGAUCGUGAGUUUUGCGGAGAAGUCUACUCCCGUUUGGAAUAUUCCUUUUCCGGCCGUAACCGUCUGUUCAGAGACGAAGAGAGUACUGAAAGAGAAAGGAAAGGAAACUACCUACGCCGAUUUAUACAGUCAGUUUAGUGAAGAAAAUCGUGCCUCCCGGGUCUUUAAGCCUUCAAAUGUGAGCGCCUUGGAAUUGGAGGAGUUCCGUACCUUGCUGCAUGUGUGCAACACCCAGAUUAUCGAAGAGGGUAUGCCACUGAUCGCCGGUGACGAUCUCGACUACUUCGAUGUCUUGGAAAGGAUGCUGCCCCAAUUUGACAGAUACUUCUUUUACUGCCGUUGGCUAAGCCGGUUUGGAGAAUGUGAGAAGUUCUUUCGCAAGACUCUUACCGAGGAAGGAAUUUGUUAUACGUUCAACGGAUUGAGGGCCAGCGAUAUCUACCGCGAGGACACCUACCAAUACCAGCACAGUGGGGAGGCUCUGGAAAUGGAGAACAUCAGCUCACGUCACACUCCCUGGACUCUGGAGACCGGCUAUUCACAUAACAGCGACGUGGAAACGUUUCCGGCACGAGUUCUCAGCGCUGGUGCUAGAUCGGGCAUCUUCCUGGCUCUCCAGAGCUUCAAACAGGAAGUGGACUACGCCUGCCGCGGACCAGUUCAAGGAUUUAAGGUCCUGCUACAUGCCCCCGAUGAUGUGCCGCAGGUAUCGAAGCAGUUUGUACGCAUCCCCAUGGGCAAGGAGGUGUUGAUCGCCGUAAAGCCAAACAUGAUAACCAUGUCAACGGGCAUCGCCGAUUACCACCCUCAGAGGAGACAGUGUUUCCUAAGCCACGAAAGAUCACUUCGCUUUUUCAAGGUGUACACCGAGUCCAACUGCCAGCUGGAGUGCCUGGCCAACUUCACUCUAACCAAGUGCGGGUGUGUCAAGUUUUCGAUGCCCCGCAACAUGGAUAUGCCGGUGUGCGGCGAAGACAAGAUCCACUGCUACGAUCGAGCAGAACGCCAGCUCCUGGUAAGGGAGUUCAAGAGGAUCAGAGCACUCGAUGCGGCUGGAGAUAUUUCACGUGGCGUGGAGUCUGCUUGCAACUGCAUGCCCGCCUGCACGUCGUUGGUCUACAACACUGAGAUCUCGCAGGCCAACUUUGACCUGGAAGAGAUGCUUCUGGCCGAGGGCGACACCGACUUUAUGGAAGAGUAUCCCGGCUCGCAAAUGUCCCGCCUGUCCAUCUACUUUAAGGAAAGCCAGUUUAUUACCUCAAAGAGGUCGGAGCUCUACGGCAUCACAGAAUUUCUGGCCAAUUGCGGAGGUAUCUUCGGCCUCUUCAUGGGCUUUUCAAUUCUUAGCUUGGUUGAGAUGAUCUACCACUUCACCUUGCGGUUCUUCACUAACCUGAAGCGCCUGGCCAAGAUGCAAGAAGGGUAAAUAAAUACAAUUAUUGUUCCCAGGCAACAUCUGUUUGCCGGAAAAGCAGUAAAUGUAUUUAGGAUUUUGUAAUCUAUUGUUUUAUGUUAGGUGUUAAAUCGUAAAAUAUUUAUAUUGUCUCUAAGAGACAUUUGGGAAUUGUUGUAUUUAAUUGUUACCGUUCGAGC